AUGCACGCACCAAGUAAUAUUAAGCAUGAGCACGUUGGUAAGCCAUCAACAUCGAAAAUACAGCUACAACAAGAGCGAAAUUCGUCUCGAUCGUCGAGUCGAUCGAAAUCUUCUCCAGAAGUUAUAGAAGAUGAAAAAAUUAUACUGAAACUAGCCAGUCCAGUUGGUGGUGAAGCUUUAACUUUUUAUUGGCCAUUACGUGAAUCACCUGGUUAUAGUGAAGGGCAAGAAAUAUUGGAUGUUGUGAAGAAUGUUCUGUCAUCGUUCCCUGAAUUAAAUUUUAUCGUUCGACAACAUUGUGGUCUAAACUUGGAUGCAAUUGACAAAAAAAAUUUCGACCAAAUGAGUUCAUUAUUGGAAGCGUUUAAUAAAACAGUCCCUGCAAUAACCCAGUUGGUUCGUUUUCCAGAGUUACGAAAAGAUUUUAAGUUACUAUUUUGUAUGACUAUAUCGUUUUGGUUCUUUCAAAGACCCUACAAUGUUAUUAAAAAUUUUUCUUUUUCUCAGUGGAAGGGUGCUACAAAGCCAGGUGGCGAAAUUUGGUCGGCUGAGCGUGCUGAUCCUGUGCUUUUAAAACAGAUAUGUACGCGUGCUUAUAAUCGAGCUGUUGAUAAUGUCAAUCAUUUAAAUAAUCAUUAUAAAGCUUUUUCAUCGGAGACAUACGGAGAAACUUCGUAUGAACGAUUACGAAUGAUUAUUCAAGAAAUUACGCCAAAGGAAAGGGACGUUUUUGUUGAUCUUGGAAGUGGUGUUGGGCAACUGGUAAUACAAAUGGCCGGUGGUUCUCGAGUAAGGAAAGCUGUUGGUAUUGAAAUAGCCUCACUCCCUAACAAAUAUGCUCAAAAUCUAGUUAUUGAAUUCAAAAAAUGGAUGAAAUGGUAUGGUAAGAAAUUUCGACCGUUUGAAAUUUUCAAAGGCGAUUUUUUGGAUGAACGAUUUCGGGAACUCAUUACUAAAGAAGCGACUAUAAUUUUUAUCAAUAACUAUGCCUUUACGGCCGAUCUGGAAACAAAAAUUAAAAGGGAACUCCUAAGUGAUCUGAAAGAUGGUACAAGAAUCAUAUCUACAAAGCCAUAUGGUCAUGUUAAUCGUUCCAUUACUGAUCGACAUAUGAAUGAUAUAUCUGCAAUAUUGGAUGUUUAUGAGAUGUCGCAAUGCGAAAAUGCUUGUUCUUGGACGGGAAAUUAUGUUCCAUACUAUCAUCAUACUAUAAAUCGAGCUAAGUUAGAAAAAUAUUUUUUGGCUCAGCGUAAUCCAUCUUUGAAAUUAGCUAGUAAUGGCUCAGAUGAGAGCAGACGUUCAUCAACAUCGAGUAAAUCUCGUGAUAGUUUUCGUUGUUGGUCUCGUGAAUCAAGCGUUUCAUUGCCUGUUCGUUCAAAUACUCCAAAUAUUCAUACGUCCUUAAAUCGAAGUCAUACGCCUAAUGUAGCUGGCCGAACUCAGAUCACGAAAAUAAGGCGAUCUAUUUCCCGUCAAUCUGAUGAUGAUGAUUAUGCCAUUGGACCGACAACGCGUAGUAAAUGGCAGGAAUAUUGUUCAACGAAAACGAAACGAGCCCAUUCUACUGCUGUCCCUGUCUCAGCAAAUGACAUUGAUCCUGGUGAUGCGGGUAGCGAAUGGAGUAAUCGCGACUCUGAUUAUGUUCCAAAUAAAAAAAUACGGAAAACUGGACUUGGCCGUGGACGGCCACGAAAAAUUAAUCUUGCAAAGGUGGUCAUUUAUUUUGUUGUGGCUGGUAAUACCAAGGAAACGAGAAAUUUGGUACAUGAAAUGACUUGUACAGUUAGCGUUCAACCACUCUUGCCUAUAAAUCAUCCAUCUAUCGAUAUUAUUUCUAGAGAUCUUCGCGAUUUAUUUGAAAUGCAAUUAGAAAGAAUGGCUUCACCUGGUUUACUUCAUGAAAUUGAAGCAGAAAUACAAUCUCAAAUGCAAUACAAGAGCGUUCUACAAAACCGGAUUGAUUUGCUCAACAAACAAAUUUCUUCAUUAUUAUUCAGUGGAACUCAAAAUUUAUACGCUCGGAUGAAAGAACUUGGAAUUGAGGCGACUACUCCAUAUGCUUUACUUGACAAUGCUAAAGAAAUUGUCAAACACCAUAAAAAAAUAUCAGCUGAAUGCGCGGCAUUGGAGAAUGAAGUUACGAUUCUUGAGCUGGCCAACAAACAGUUAGAAAUGAAAGUUUUUCGUAGAAAUGAGGAUCCCAAUUUAGUGGUGAAUAUUAAUACUGUUCCCAGCAUUAAUCCACUGGUUGCUUCUAAUGUAUCCGAUAAUUACCAAACAUUGGCUGGAUAUCACAAAAAAUUGAGUGCUAAAGGAUCUUUGGUUUGCACAAAGUCAGCAGAUUAUUCCAUCUCAAACGAUUCUUCCGCUCAGCAGUCGCAAGAUUCUUUAUCUUCUACGGAUCUUACCAUACAGUAUGUCGUAUCGAAUGCUUCAUCCUAUGCUCACCAAGUGAACUCUGGAACGCUUGGGACUGUGAAACGUUCACGUUGCCGUCCAAAUCGUGGUGGACAGUCGAACAAGCGCAUACCAUCGUCAUCUGUAAAAAUACUCAGUGAUCCCAAAGAAGCUGAAGAAAUGGAAAAAAGAAUCCAAGAUAUUGUUGCGAAAGCGCUUGAGGUGUCUCUUCGGGAUUUAAUCAUUAAUCCUAAACUUUCAAAAUGUGCUGAAAAAGAACGUCGUGCUCGUGGCGAAAAACGCAGAGAUAAGUUACCGACUGUAUCGACAUUAUCAACGAGCCGUAUUGCAACACUGCAUCGUGUGAAUGAAAAGAUGCAGCAAUCAAGCGGUGCAGUGGAAUUAAUGGAAAUGAAAAUGAGAAAUGUAAACGAUUCAUUAAUGAAAGAAAAUAUUGAAUGUGAAGGCAGCACAACUUUGCAUCAGUCCUCACUGGCUGUAGCAAAGACAGAAACGGAUAGCAUCAGGACAGCUGAAGACUAUGGUGGCAUAUGCAUUGAUGCUUCACGGUGA